UGUCAUUUACCAGCCGUUUGUAUCCAAAUUUUCGGGUUUUAAUUGAGAAACGAUUGUUCUAUUUCAGCUAUCAGAAUUAUCUAUUAUCGAUCCAUAUUUCUAUUCAUCGUCAAUUUUCCAAUUUUUGUACGAAGAAAACAAUGGCAACUACCGAGAAUAAAACUUCAUUUCAACGUUUACCCUGUUUGGUAACGCCUAUAAAUUAUCAUAUUAGAUUGGCACCAGAUUUUAAGAAAUUCACUUUCGAAGGAUCUCAAUCAAUUGAUCUUAAAGUGAAUGAAUCGACUGCUGAAAUUGUUUUGAAUUCGGAUAAACUGACUAUUGAAAAUGGUGCUGAUCAAUGCAAUGUGAAACUGCCCAACGAUAACAAAACAAUCAACAUCAAAGAAAUUAAAUACAAUGUUGAAGAAGAAACAGCAACUCUAAUACUGGCUGAAAAAUUGGUACCGGGAAUGAAUGCCAUCUUGAAUUUAGAAUUUAGUGGUGAAUUGGAUAAAAAUUUGACUGGUUUCUACAAAAGUCGUUAUAUCGGUCCAGAUGGAAAAGAACGUUUUUCUGCUGUCACUCAAUUCGAACCAACAUAUGCUCGAAAAGCUUUUCCAUGUUGGGAUGAGCCGGCACAUAAAGCUACAUUCGAUAUAACUUUAGUCGUGCCGGUUAGUGAUAAUGAUGACAAAAUGGUUGCUUUAAGCAAUAUGUCCGUAAAAGAAGAAAAUCGAGAUUCCCAAAAACGACGUGUAGUUAAAUUUGAUCGAACACCGAUUAUGUCCACCUAUUUAGUUGCAUUCGUUAUUGGUGAAUAUGAUUACAUCGAAACUCGAUCCAAACAUGGUGUUCUUGUUAGAGUUUAUACACCUUUACAAAAAUCUGAACAAGGACGUUUUGCUUUAGAUGUUGCUGCUCGAUCAUUAGACUUUUAUACCGAUUAUUUUCAAAUUCCUUUUCCAUUGAGUAAAUUGGAUUUGAUUGCCAUUUCUGAUUUUUCUGCUGGCGCUAUGGAAAAUUGGGGUUUGGUUACUUAUCGUGAAGUAUGUUUAUUGGUCGAUCCAUCCCAUACGUCUACUUCCCGAAAACAAAGCAUUUCAUUGACUGUUGCACAUGAAUUGGCUCACCAAUGGUUUGGCAAUUUGGUAACGAUGGAAUGGUGGACACAUCUUUGGCUAAACGAAGGCUUUGCGAUGUUCAUGGAAUAUUUGUGUGUGGAUCAUUUGUUCCCAGACUUUAUGAUCUGGAAACAAUUCGUUUCAGACACAUUCUUAUCUGCAAUGAAUUUAGAUUCGUUGGCGAAUUCUCAUCCAAUCGAAAUUCCUGUCGGACAUCCAUCGGAAGUAGAAGAAAUAUUCGAUGACAUUUCUUAUAAUAAAGGGGCUUGCAUUAAUCGAAUGUUAUAUCAUUAUAUUGGCGAUGAAAAUUUCCGUAAAGGAAUGAAAUUGUACCUUUCCCGUCAUAGUUAUAAAAAUACACAAACCGAAGAUUUAUGGAAUGCUUUGGAAGAGGCUAGCCAAAAACCAGUACGUCGUAUGAUGACUACUUGGACUAAACAAAAAGGUUAUCCGGUUGUUACUGUCAAUUGUCAAGGAUCAAAUCGAUUGGAAUUGACUCAGGAAAAAUUCAACUCAGAUGGUCAAUUGUCUGAUGCUGAUAAAACAAUGUUAUGGGCUGUUCCAGUUCAAGUGAUCACUGCUAAGGAUGUUCAAAAACCGCAAGCCGAAAUUCUUUUAGAAAAGCGUGUUGAAACUCUUGAACUUGGUAGUCUCAUCGAUUUGCAAAAAGAAUGGAUAAAAUUGAAUCCUUUUGCUAUGGCAACUUAUCGUGUUCAAUAUCAACAAGAAGAUCUAUUCAUCCGUCUGUUAGAGGAAGGUAUUGGCCAACAAAAAUUAGACCCAGCUGAUCGUUUGAAUUUAAUCAAUGAUCUUUACUCUAUGACAUUGGCUGGACGUAAAAGUUCAGAUGUUCUUUUCCAAGCUAUCGGAUCUUUCCGUAAUGAAUGUGAAUAUUCAGUAUGGACUGUAAUGAACGUCAUACUGAGCAAAUAUAAUCAAUUGCUUUAUGGUUAUGAUUUUCACCCAAAAUUUGUUGAAUUUGGUACAAAAUUGAUUACACAAAAAGUUUUUGGUGAAAUCGGCUGGGAUCCUAAACCAUCGGAACCACAUCUAAAAACUUUACUUCGUCCUUUGUUAAUCAAUCGUUUGGUUACAUUCGAAUAUCCUGAAGUUAUGAAAAAAUGUCAUGAAGCUUUUGAUGAUCAUGUUGCCAAACGAAAAUCAAUACCGGCUGAUCUUCGUUCAGCUGUAUAUCGAGCUAUGUCAAGUCAAAUCACAGAUGAAAUAUGGGAGAAAAUCAUGAAACUUCAUGAUGAAGCCGAACUUCAAGAGGAACAAAUGCGUAUACAAUCAGCGCUAGGUUCCGUAAAAAAACCUGAAUUCAUUGAACGUGUCCUAAAAUUUGCAAUUAGUGAUAAGGUACGUUCACAAGACACUAUUUUUGUUGUUGCGUCAGUGGCGUGUAAUCCAUCUGGUCGUCGAACUGCUUGGGAAUUUUUCAUCUCUAAUUACGAGCUAUUCAAGAGUCGUUAUGAUGUUGGAUUCCUAGGCAAUGCAUUGAUAAAAAGUUUGAUUGAAAAUUUUCAAACUGAAGAAAUGGCUCAUCAAAUUGAAGAUUUUUUCCGCGUGAAUCCUAAUAAAGGAUGGGAUCGUUCGAUUCAGCAAUCGAUAGAAACGGUUCGAUUGAAUGCUGCUUUGAUGGCUCGUGAUACUGAAAAAUUGGCUAAAUUUUUUCAAUAAAAAAUUGAAUUAUUAAUCCACAUAAUUCAUGAAAAUCGUACAAUAAAUUAUAAUUUUCUAUUCAUUCAA